AUGAUGGGCCACACCGACGUCGCUAAUCUCCUACUAGACCGAAAAGCCAACCCAUCCAUCCAGGACAGCGAUGGGAAAACCGCUCUCCAUCGGGCAGCGGAAAAGUGUCAUCCCGAAGUGUGUCGAAGUUUGCUUCAGCAUAGUCCCGAUUUGCUAACGAUUUGCGACAGUAAAGGAAAAAUCCCGCUUGAUCUGGUGCCACCACAAGAAUCGACCCAGCGACAACGAUUGCUUGAGGUGUUUGAUACGAGUUUACCGGAAAACCGGAUAGUUUUGUUCGAGGACGCGCCGCAAUUGGAUUUGCCGGCAUCAUUCGAAACGCUGACGACCGCAUUGGAGAGCCGCCCCGAAGACGAGCUGACGAUGGACAUCGUGAAAAGGAAGCUGCUGGAUGAAGCCCUCAAGCGAAGCGAGAGAUCCGGCCGAGGUGAGUCCAUUUUGCGCGUCGAAGCCAAAUCCAUCGUGUGCCACCAUUGCAAGCAACCCGGGCACGUGAAGAAAAAUUGCCCCACGCUUGGACGAAAAACCGACCCGAAGCAGAAGGACGUCGCUAGGCAACCAAAACCGAAGGCUCGCGUUGCCCAGGGCAACGACGUGGUAGUGAUGACGCCGUUCGCGUUCGCUACGCACUCAACGCCUACUGCGAUGAAACCAACGAACUGGAUCGUCGACUCGGGAGCAUCGAGUCACAUGUGCAGUGACGAAGCGUUCUUCAACCAACUGAAGCCAAUCUCGGGAAUGUCCGUUGCACUCGCCGACGGGCGCGUGGCCGAUGUCGCCGGAAAAGGAACCGGCAAUCUCUUCUGCAAGGACGAUAAAGAGUUAGAUGCGAAUCUCAUCUCUGUGGGACAACUGACCGACAAGGGUGCGUUGGUCACGUUCGACGCCAGCAAAUGCGUCAUCCAACACAACGGUAGCGUGGCGGGAGUAGCGGCCAAGGGUGGUGGGCUGUACCACCUCAAUGUAUGCAGUCACGAUUCGAAGGCCGCCGCCACCAACCAUACGAAAAACUGCUUGCACGACUGGCACCGCAAGCUUGGGCACCGUGACAUCGAGGCGAUUCAACGGCUGGUACGCGAGGGGCUCGCGACUGGCGUUUGCGUGCGUGAUUGUGGUGUCAGCGCCGCAUGUGAAUGCUGUUUAGAAGGCAAACUGGCGAGACUUCCGUUCCCUAAGCAAUCUGGUCCGCAAUCCACCAAGGUGCUUGAUUUGAUUCACACCGACAUCUGCGGCCCGAUGAACACCGUGACGCCAGGAGGAGCUCGAUACUUCAUGACGAUGAUCGACGACCACAGUCGGUUCACGGUGGUGUACAUUCUCAAGCGCAAGUCCGACGCCGUCGAGAGAAUUGAAGACUAUGUGGAAAUGGUGCACAAUCGUUUCGGCCGAUACCCAACAGUCAUCAGGUCCGACCAAGGAGGGGAGUAUAAAUCCAAACGUCUUGGACGAUUCUACCGCUCAAAAGGUAUCUCUCCACAAUUCACGACCGCCUACACACCGCAGCAAAACGGCGUCGCAGAGCGGAAAAACCGAACGUUGGUGGAGAUGGGACGCUGCAUGCUGCUGGACAGUGAGAUGGGAUACCGUUACUGGGCCGAGGCGGUCAACACCGCUGCCCAUCUGCAAAACAUGCUGCCAACGAGAUCGACCGAAGUGACACCAUACGAGGCGUGGUACGGCAAGAAGCCGGACCUCAACCAUUUGCACGUUUUCGGCACCCAAGCGUACGUGCAUAUUCCGUCGGAGAAAAGGUCGAAACUGCAACCAAAGGCUGUGAAGAUGACGCUGGUAGGGUACUCCGACUACCACAAAGCAUAUCGUUUCAUCGAUCCAUCCAAUGAUAAGGUGGUAAUUAGCCGAGACGCACGUUUUCUGGAGGGAGAGAAGCCACCAAAGCAUUCGAUCAAACCAACCGAUGUCAUCGAGAUCGAAUCGCCGCUUCCGCGUGGCAGCCAGUCCGUUUCCGAACCAGACCAUCAAGCCGAUGAUGUCGAUGUGGAUUCGGAUGCGGAAUAUGAAUCUGGUGAAGAAUCUUUCCACGAAGAGCCAGUUGAGCCACCCACUCCGGUACGCAUAUCGGAACGCACCACGAAGGGAAUCCCACCUGCUCGGUUCCGGGAGACAAGUAGUCUGGCGCACAAUCUUCCACCUGAGCCAAGAACGUACGACGAAGCAAUCAACGGUCCCGAAAGCGCGCUGUGGAAGGCAGCAAUUGAGGAGGAGCUCCAAUCGCUCCGUGCAAACCGCACGUGGGAGCUGACAGACCUCCCAGCCGGUCGGAAAGCGAUCGGAUCCAAAUGGAUAUUUAAACGCAAGCAGGACGAACACGGCGACGUUGUGCGCUAUAAGGCUCGGCUGGUGGCGCAGGGGUUCACCCAGAAAUACGGCACCGAUUUCGACGAGGUCUUCGCCCCGGUGGUCAAGCAGGUCACCUUUCGUGUGCUGCUGUCGGUCGCUAGCCAGAAGAAGAUGAUCGUCAAACACGCCGACGUGAAGACGGCGUACCUGCACGGCGUUCUCGGGGAAACUGUGUACAUGCGUAUGCCGCCGGGUGUAACCACGAGGGAUGAUGGCAAGGUGUGUUUGCUACGCAAAAGCCUGUACGGACUCAAACAAUCCGCCCGUGUUUGGAAUCAGACGUUCGAUGCCGUCCUGAAGCAGAUGGGUUUCGAGCAGUCCAAGAAUGAUUCGUGCCUCUACGUCCGCCGAUCCGGGAAGAAGUGCACCUACUUGGUGGUGUACGUGGACGAUCUGGUGAUAGCCUGUGAAGAGGAAGCAGAAUAUGAACAGAUAAUUCGAGAGCUGAACCAGCAUUUCGAAGUGACGUCGCUGGGAGACAUCAAGCAUUUCCUGGGCAUCGAGGAGAACCGAUCCAGCAACGGAGUGAGCUUGAACCAGGCAACGUACAUCCGAAAGUUGUUGGACCGUUUCGGAAUGUCAGAAGCAAAACCGUCGAAGUUUCCUCUUGAUCCCGGCCACACCCAAUCAAAGGAGGAGAAUGACGCCGACAAACUGCCGAACAAUCAUCAAUACGCCAGCUUGAUUGGUGGUUUAUUGUACGUGGCCGUGAACACGCGUCCGGACAUAGCAGCCGCUGUGUCCAUACUGGGAAGGAAGACCAGUUGCCCAACUCAAGCAGACUGGCUGGAAGCAAAAAGGGUGUUACGAUACCUGAAGUACACGCUGCACGACGAGUUGAUUCUCGGCGUAGAUGGAUCACCACUGAAGGUCUUCGUCGACGCCGAUUGGGCAGGUGACUCUAGUGAUCGGAAGUCAACAUCCGGUUACCUGUUCCGUUUCGCUGGUGGUUCGAUCAGCUGGAGCUCGAAGAAACAAACUUGCGUCACACUGAGCAGCACAGAAGCGGAAUACGUGGCGCUUGCCGAGUGUCUCCAAGAGUUCCGCUGGGUCCGUAGAAUCCUGGAUGAUUUCGACAUCAAGCUGUCCUCGCCGGUGGUCGUGUUCGAGGAUAACCAGGGGGUCAUCAAGCAGUCGAAUUCGCCCACCAUUAGCCGCCGUUCGAAGCACAUCGAGACGAAAUUCCACUUCGUUCGAGAUCUGCUGCAGAAUGGGGAAAUCGACAUCCGCUACUGUCCGACUGAUGCGAUGGUUGCGGAUAUGAUGACGAAGCCGUUACAGUCCGUCAAACUGAAGGGUUUCCGUAAAGCUGCUGGAGUCCUUCCGUCGAGGAGGAGUGUAGGAGAUGACGACGUGAGGCGCAGCAUGCCAUGA